GAUGGAGCCAUUCUUGCCAUUACAGCAAAACAAGCAAUUCGAGCUGAUCUCCAUGACGUCUAACACCAUCUUACACCCUUCCAACGUUGCAACCAAGCCAAGCGGCGUCACUUCACUGCUUGAAGCGGUACCUGGUCCAAUCCAAUCAAUACCUACGCUGCAUGUGUCAGCUGAACAACGUUUUUCUCACAGGCACAGGUCUGAGUAUGACCGUGGCCCAGGGUUACAAGGUCAAUGAUUGCCUCAGUUACAGGACUCAUUCAAUCAUGUCGGACACGGCUAGAACACAACCUUGCCGCUUAUCCGAUCUUAGCGACCGAACAACGACUUUGUCUCUCGUAUACCCGACCUACGUUCAGCCCACCUAUUGACUACUAGAAUUAGACUGGACGUAUAAUUUUUUUUAGUGAAGUGAUAACCUCAUUUCCUAGUGUUCCGGGGUUCCCUUUUUUUGCUUUUUGCUUUCUUUUUUUUUUUAGCAACACUUAAAUGGGUUCGCCCUCACCCGGCACCGCUACCAGCCCACCAGAAGAUGGUGACACAGCGGAUGACUAUGUGAACCCCUUGGACCAAAGUCCUCGAUGGGCCCUGGCCACAAGGGCAUAUGCAAUACGAUCGGGUGCUAGUUUGGGGUUUGGUAUUUCAAAUGCUUGGGCUCCGCCCGAGCUGGCGCCCGUCAAAGUGAUAUGGCUCGAUGCUCUCUUGGGCGACUGGAAGGCGAAGCGGGCUAUUCGCGUCGACGUCUGGGAGCCUCCUUCACAGCCAAACACCGAUAAGCCAGACUUUCCAUCCACCUCACAGUCUUCAGCUUCAGAUUUGCUCGCGCUAGCAGCUCCAAAUGUCGUCGUCAAGACCCCAACGGACGAAAUCGACGAUAAUGCCAGCAUUAAAUCGGGGUGCAGCAGCGCCCUCUCAAGUAGUGGGAGGAGCAGCAGCUCCAAAUUGGGCACUCCCAAGAGGCCUAGGAUUUACAAAGUGGCCAGCAACCUGAGCUCCAGAAGCUCAAGGUCGAUUGCCAGUAUCCGGUCCCGACUAUCGAGGAGUAAUACUGCCUCGGGACUAUCCUUGGAUUCAAUCCCCAAGCGCCCCGUCGUUAUCAACUUCCACGGCGGCGGGUUCGUGGUCGGCGAAGGCACAGACGACUCGCGGUGGUGCUCAGCCGUUGCCAAAUCCUUGAAUGCCGUCGUGUUCUCUGUGAGCUACCGCCUGGCUCCAGGGUAUCCUUUUCCCAACGCCGUAGAAGACUGCGCCUCGGCCAUAGUCCAGAUCUGCUCUCAGGAUAUGGCGUCUCAGUAUGCUAUCGAUACAUCGCGCGUCAUUCUCUCGGGCUUCUCAGCCGGCGGCAACCUCGCGCUCGCCAGCUGGGUCGCACUCCAAGACCCCGCCCGGUGGGGUUACGAAUCGGUUUUACCUUCGCCGCCUCUGGAGAUGGCCGGCCUAGCUCUCUUUUAUCCUUUGCUAGACUGGACCAUCGCCCGGGACACCAAACGGCAGCGCUGCGAACGUCCAGACCUAACACUCCCGAAAGGACUGACGGAUUUGUUUGAUGCGUCCUACAUCUACCCACCCCUGCAGAGUAGCAAGCGGGACGACCCGCGUCUUUCCCCAGGUCUCAUGUCAGAUCGUAUGCUUCAGCAGCUCCCACCCGUGCACUUUUGCCUGUGCGAGUAUGACAUGCUUCUCGCCGAGGGCCUGACGUUCACAGAGAGACUUAAGAGUCACGGUAGGAUUGUCGAGACUCGUGUCGUCAAGGGCGAGAAGCACGCGUGGGACAAGCCGCCGCUGUGGGCGCCCAAGGAGAACGCGGCGGUCGAGUACGAGGCUGCGAUUGAGUCGCUGAAGACCUGGGUUGGGUUGGAUUAGCUAACUGGAUUGUUCUGCGCCAUAUAGAAUGUAUAUACCUAUACAUGUAUAUAUCUCAUGUCACUCGAGCAGUUUUUUAGAUCUGAAUGCGGACUUUACUGUUGACGGACUGGAGUGUGGCGAUGGGGUUCAAUCUCUAUGAAUUUGUUGCUGUUUUUAAACUUUUAUUAAAUGCUAAUACUUUGCCUUGUUGAUCACUUUUUAUCCUUCCAUCACGGCUAUUUUUAGUGUUGUUCGUAUUAGCUAAAGUUAAGGUACG